UUUUGUAAUUUGUAAUCAAACUACUAUUUUCAUUGUUGACGUUGGCCAACAACAGGCCAACACAAAUGAGAAUCAUUACUUAAUUACCUUUUUAAUUUCUCUACUGGCCAUAGGCUAGCACCAGCAGUCAGCAGCAAAUAGGGCAGUGAACUUUAAUGAGAAAUUGUCCGCUGAUAAGAACUUCCUUUGAAUAAUUGUAUUUUGAAGGGAGAAAAUGUCCACGAAUUAUCACCGAAGAGAUUACAGGCGACAGCCCUCCAGUAAUUUCACCUAUGUGAGCCCUUGUGUGAAGUAUCUGAUAUUUUUAUUAAAUUUUAUUUUCUGGUUAUUUGGUGGUCUCUUAAUUGGCAUAGGCCUUUAUGCCUUUGUGGACAAAUGGCAGUUAACUGGAUGGGUCAAGUUGGAAAAUGUAUAUGAUGUCAUACUGAAUGUAUCUUUAGUUAUGGUCAUAAUGGGUGGAGUAGUAUUUAUAGUCAGCUUUGCUGGUUGUGUAGGAGCACUUAGGGAAAACACUUGUUUGCUCAAAUUUUAUUCACUAUGCCUGUUGAUCUUCUUUCUGGUGGAAAUGGGUAUUGCAAUCUUGGGAUUUGUAUUUCCACAUUCCAUGCAGUCGGUUUUAGAAGAAAACUUUACUGAUAAAAUUAUUCAUACCUAUCGUGAUGAUCCAGAUUUGCAAAAUUUUAUAGAUUUUGCCCAACAAGAAUUCAAAUGUUGUGGGUUGAGCUCAGAAGGCUACAUGGAUUGGUCGAAGAAUGAAUAUUUCAAUUGUACGUCGCCCAGCGUAGAACACUGCGGAGUUCCCUUUUCAUGCUGCAUCAAUGCUACAGAUUUAAGUUCGCGCUUAGUUAAUAUAAUGUGUGGAUAUGGAGUACAGACUUUAUCGGUUGCUGAAGCUAGCAAAAAAGUUUGGACCUCUGGCUGUAUAGAAAUUGUGCGGACCUGGGCAGAAGGAAACUUAUACACCAUAGCAGGCAUAGCUCUGGGAGUCGCUCUAUCCCAACUAUUUGUCAUCUAUUUAUCAAAAACAUUGGAGGGUCAAAUAGAAUUGCAAAAAUCCAGUUAUUAUCGCUCAUUGCAGACAAAUAUUCUUUGGACGUAAAGGACAAAAACAAUUCUAAACAGUAUGAAAUUAUAUUAUUUUAAUUUGAAUUAAGAAAUUUACAGAAUCUAUUCUGAGUGUGAUAAAAUUAAAUUUUGGAUUUUAAGUAAGAGAUUAUUGCUGUUUAUUAUGCAAUUGUAUAUAUUUUAAUUAUUAACUUUAUAAUAUAAUUCGAAUAGAGAUAGUCCAUGAUAUUAUAAUUAUUGACAAAGCUAAAUGUUUUGUUAUCAACUAUUUGUAAAAUAGGUUAUUCAAAAUUAAAACUUUUUUUGUAAUCAAAACUGGAAUUUGAUGAAUUAAAGUAAUUUUUCCCUGUUGCCAGAAACACAUAGGUACCUUUGCAUAGGCAUGAGAAAAAUUGACAAAUAACUUUUUAAGUAAUUUUGCAAUAAACCUUUGUUGUGUCAGGCAACGUUCUGUACCUCAGAAGUAAAGUGUAUUAAGUCAUAAUAUUAUAAUUUUUCAGGAGAGUGAAAAAACAAUUGUAAAUCCCGUAAAUUAGGUAUCUCUUUGACACCCUAUAAUUUAGUGAUCUGAUAUUUCGCUUAUGGAAUUAUGUCUUAGUGACGUAAUAAGAAUUAUUAUUUGAUUUAGAAAAAAUGCCAGUACUAAUUAGUUUUAGUGACUUAACAUACUUUACCACUAGUGAAGUUGAUAAUGACAUGCGACUUAAAACAUAUUUUAGUGACAACAUAGUUUACCUGUAGUAAAUUAGGACAAUUUUGAUGUCGCCCAAUGGAAACCCUGUUUCAAGACAAAGGUUUUUUAGAAUUAUUGGGUAAUAGACAAUAAAUGAUGUGAAAAAAUUGGGAUUAAAAAAAGAUUUUUCAAAUAUUCUUGAUUAUGAAAUGCAAAAAAAAAAUUAACAUUUUUAUGAAGAUGAAUGAGUGAUGCCGAAGUAUUUUAUUUAUUCCCCGCCUCAUAGUGGAAGUUCUGGUUUUUAUGACGAUAAGGUGCAUUCAAUUUAUCUUAUACCAAAGUUUUAUCCAUCUUCUAUAUUAUCAUUGUACAAUGAUAUUAUCUUAGUGAGUGAGGUAUAAUUUCAUAACAUUUUCAAAUUUCAAUAAUUAUUUCUAUUGGAAUUUCACCAAUAGUAAUAAUAACAAUCAAAACAACAAUAAAGACCAUGUUAAUUCUACUAAGAACCACUGCCCACUGAAAAUUUCGGAGGGAUUUUAUAUUAAGUACGUUCUUCUGGAGAAAAAUUUGCGAGGUAUAAUAUACUAAGUUAUUUUAGUACAAUUUACCUUUGAGCUUGGUGAGUGACUUGAUACAGGUUCCAACUGGGUAUUUCGGUUGUCCUUAAAGCUAGGUGUAUGAAUUUUUUUUCAGAGGUCAAGUAAUUAGAAGUAGUAUUCAGCUAAAAACCCAUUUUCGAAAAAAAGUGACUUAAUACAGUUUACCUCUGAGGUAAAGAUAUUGUAUUUUGGGUUGAAAUUUUGAUUUAUAAAUUGAAUAAUACAGUAUCAGAAUGGUAAGAUUUUACCAUAUUUAGCCUUGUCCUAAAACUAUAGAUCUAUGUGCUGUAGAAGACUAUAAAAUCAAAAAAUGGGUGGGUGAAAUAACAAGACCGCAAUAAAAGAGUAAAAAAUACUAUGUUUAUUAUACUAAUUAAUAUUAUGUAUGUUUUUUUUUGUUAAAAUAUUGCACAUUUUUACUAUCAACGAGUGCAACGUAGUUAGGCAGAUCAUGUGCUAUGAACUAUCCAUUCAAUUGGAGUGUUGGUGUACAAAUUACUGGAUGCAUUUCAAAAAACCAGAAUCAUAAUUUGUAGUGCAUUAUUAUUAUUAUUUGGAAAAGAAAAUGAUCAAUUAUAGUAAAGGACAAAGCUUCAGAAACUUGUAAGAGUCAGAAAUCAUACAAAACGCAUUUCCAUCAUUUUGAUAAUUUAAAACUAUCAAAUAAUAAUCAACUGACAACAUACGAGUUCAUGUUUUUUUGUAGUAACAGUGGCGUACCCAGAAAAAUGUAUUGGGGAGAGGCAAACCAUGCCCGCCGCCGUAGUAUUGGCCGGCGAAGCCAGAAAAUUUUGGGAGGGGGCCCAUGCCCAAUUUUGACCAAGAAGUCGUUAAAAUCGUUAAAAGAACAAGGAUUUGGCGCCCUCUUAAAUGGCAAAUGGCAUGUUAUUAAUUAAAUAUUAAACUUUGUUUUCAAAAAUUUGUUUUUGCGGUCUUUUUCAAGUCUUUUGUAAACUCUACAGGAUUUCCGAAUCGGCUAAAUCUGUCCGCCAAAGCUGUGACGUCAGCUGCAGUCCUUUAUUGGCGCGUUUACUAUGUAAAUGCAUGCAAAAGAUGUGAAACUUGCAGUAUUUUUAUGGAUUAUGAUCAUGAAUAUCUAAAGUAGGUAUCACCAUUUGGCUUUGUGAAAUAAGUACUUACUUUAAAUGUCCUCAUUAUCAUUAUCAUUUACUAUAGUACUUAUUGAAUUAUUGAGUAAUAAUUAAGAAGUAGGUAGAGACAGUAAAAAAUGAAACACACUAUUGCAGCCUUGUUUGACUUAUAUUUUGAUAUUUAGAAAUGCAAAAAUUAAAUCAUUAUUGCACAAAAUCAUACAUACAACCUUGUGUUUUUUGACAAACAGAGAAACUUAUUAACCAUGAAACAUUUAUUUGGCCAAUGGUGAUUUAGUAAAUGCUAAGUGCUUUAUGGCGUUCGAACUAUACCUAUACCUAUAUUUUUUAAUAAUUAUUACAGUAAACAAAUACUUAUAUUAUACUGAGUAACAUAUUAAAAAUAGGUAAUUAAUAACAUAAACAUAUAAUAUGUGCAAGGAUAAUACACACUAUACUACUAAGGAUUGCUUAUCGCCCUCGUUUUUGGUAAUCGCCGCCAUUAUUGGUGUAUCACCAUUUCCGACGUCAUAACUAAGUCGUCAGCUGUUUGCACUAGCGGUCGUAGUUUAGAAUUUAAAUUUAUGAAGAAAAUUAUGUUUUAAUUUUGAUUAACAUAGGUAAUAGGCA